GGGAAGUCACCGGCGUGCCGUGUGCAUUCCUCGAAGAGCGCCCACCAUCGGCUUCCUUUCUCGCUUACCCACCCCGAACACCGCGCUUGGCAGGGAGUCGCCUAGCACCGGAGCACGCCAUUAUUGAAACCCGUCAAACUACUGCUGCUGAAAGCGCGCGCCAAAUCGCCGCCGGCGUUGUGUGCUCCCGUUGUAGCGGCGUUGUGCCGACGUUGCGUGAAGCGAAAGCCCCCCAGCGCGUGUUCCUUGUGCGAUGAGCUUCCUGAAGCACUUCGAUCCGUCGAAGAUUCCCCGAACGAGGGUGGAGCUCCAUCUUCAUUUAGACGGCUCCGUACGACUGGAGACAAUAUGGGAACUUGCGCAUAAGAAGAAGAUUGACCUUGGAUGCUCUUCAAUAGCUGCCCUGCGAUGGCGGCUGCAGAAAGUGGAAUCGUCAUCCCUGAAAGACUUCCUCGACCGCUUUUCCAUUUUUAUGCCUACUAUAGUGGGCGACUUAGAAGCAAUCGAGCGUAUUGCGUAUGAGCUGUGCGAGGAUCAGGCCAGAGAAGGCGUCGCCUACUUUGAGGCACGCUACUCGCCGCACCUGCUGGCCUCGAAGGACAAGAGUGUGACGCCGGCGCUGGUCAUCCAAGCGGUCAGCCGUGGCCUCGAAAGGGGACAGCACGACUUUAGUGUCAAGGCUCGAUCUAUACUAGUCUCCGUCUGGGGAAAAGAUGAAUGGACCAUUGAUUGUUUGAGACUGUGCGAGGAGCACAAUGGCAUUGGCGUCGUUGGAAUUGAUAUUGCAAAGGAUGAAGUGCAGACGCCUGGCUACACGGCUGUAGAGGCCCAAGUCUUCCAGAGAGCGAAGCAGGUGGGCGUACCAAGGACAGCACAUGCAGGUGAAAGUGGCACCUACUCAACCGUGCGAGAUGCCAUCGUCAACCUGAACUGUGACCGUAUAGGACACGGAUACCGUGUUUUCCAAGAUCCGACCGGCAAGACGUACCAGUUGGCUCGCCAGCUGAACACUCAUUUCGAAGUUUGCCCUUACUCCAGUGUUCUUUCCGGAGGCUGCCCACUGAGCACCCAGAGGCACUCCAUAGUCCGCUUUGCCGAGGAUAAUGUUAACUUCUCCAUCAACAAGGAUGACAGCACUAUCACGGGAAGUACACUGGAUCUUGAAUAUGCAUUCCUUAAAGAACUCGGCCUGACUGAAGCCCACCUUAUUAGAGCAAAUAUAAAUGCUGCCCGAUCGUGUUUCCUGCCACACUCGGAAAAGGAAGAUCUGCUUCAGCAUCUCUUCAGAGAAUACGGAAUCCCAUCGAAGAAAAUGAAUGAAAUAAAAUAGUUUUGUUCAA